GGCUAAAAAGAGGAAAAGCAUAGCUUGAAAUAAGCUCACAACUCCCUAAAACUUUCCUCAUCACUCUCCCCACUUUUCUUCACUUUUCCUUAGUGCCUAAGACUUCUUCUCUCCUUCAUCUCCCCCAUCUCUUUCUUUCACAUUCUGCGUCCAUUGCCAAGAUCCAAAACCCAAGUUUCUCUCUCUUCUCUUCCAUGGCGGAUGCAGUUUCCCACACUUCCAAACCCCAAAUGCGAGCCCCUCAACUCCCGUCGGAGCAUGCAAAUCCCAGUAAGUUCUUCACCCAUUUUCUGUACAAGGCCGUCCUUGUUACGGUCUUUCUAGUUUUGCUUCCGUUUUUCCCGUCACUGGCGCCUGAAUUCAUCAACCAAACUUUACAUGCAAGAAGUUGGGAGCUUCUCCAGCUUAUUUUUGUGGGUAUAGCUGUUUCUUAUGGAUUAUUCAGCAAGAAAAACGAUGAAACUGAGAAAGAUAACAGCGCCAAGCUUGAUAAUGCACAGUCGUACGUGUCUAAACUGCUUCAGGUUUCAUCAGUUUUUGAUGAUGAGUCUGAGAACCAGACUGUGAUUGAUGAGAACAAGGUUCAGACGUGGAGUUCUCAGUACUAUAGAGGGGAACCUGUAGUUGUAGUGGCUAAAGAAAGCCCUGUCGUUAAACAGGAGAAUGGCGUCAGUUCAGAAAUCAGCCAGAAGCCUCUGCUUUUGCCCGUCAGGAGCCUGAAACAGCGUGUUUCUGAGCAAAACCAGGCCGAUUUAGGUGAUGAAUCUGGCCGGACAAAUGGGUCUAUUACUCGGUCUAGUUCUGGUUCAGGCUCAAAGAGAUACAGUAGCAAUUCAAGAAAACCAAGAAACGGAGAGCUUGGAGGGUUGAAUGUUCAAAAAUUGGAGGAGAAGUUGGAGGAAAACGUCGUCCUUCCGUCGCCAAUUCCGUGGCGAUCAAGGUCUGGAAGGAUGGAAAUGAAGGAAAAUGAGGAUGGCACUCUCUCCCCUUCUUUGGAGGAGCCCGAAUUGAGUAGGCUUGAUUCAAGAUCUGUUAGGCCAUCUAGGUCUAAUACAUCAUCCAAGAAUUUGUCACCUUCACCAUCUGUGCCGACACCUCAGAAGCUGUCGCCAUCGACGUCGUUCUCAUCGGAAUCACAGGCCAAAAGUAGGGAAGACGCGGUGAGGAAGAAGAACUUUUCCUCGCCUCCACCGCCACCACCACCACCCCCACCACCGUUUCUUCGGAAAGCAGUGCUGACUAAGUCCAACUCCAGUGUCACGAACAAUGCAGCCGCGCCUGAGAAGUUAUUGAGGCGAAGUGUGAGGAGUGUGCCUACAGAGGAAUUGAGUGAGAGUGAAAUGGAGGAGCCCUGGAGAAGAAUGAAUCAUGGGGUGGAGUUCAAGGGCAGAAUGCAAAUCGACAGCGGGGGGAAAUCCGUUCGGACAUUUAGGCCUAAUGAAUUGGUCAUAGGGACAGAGAAACAACCUAUAAAUUACAAGACGAAGUCCCUUGAGAAAAAGGGAUAUGUAGAUACAACAGAGAGCUAUGUGAAGUCCCCGAAGGAGGAGAGGAACGCAUUGGUCGAUAACGUUUUGAUGGAAACUACCGAUGAGGACUCUGAGGCUGAAACUGAGGAUGAUUACUUUGAAGGAAGUUCAGGCAAUGGAGAAGCUGCAGCUGAUAACAGCGUUAACGACGUUGGACCCGAUGUGGACAAGAAAGCUGAUGAAUUCAUAGCGAAAUUCCGGGAGCAGAUCAGGUUACAGAGAAUCGAGUCAAUCAGAAGAUCGACUGCACAGCGCGCUGGGAAGACACUGAGGUGAAAAUGGUGGAAUGAAGCAACAUGCAAUAUACUUUUUCUUUGUUUUUUUGGGUUUUUUCCCUUAUUGUUUCCCAAAUUAUGGGUAGUGGUAUAGAUGGAUUUCAGUGAUGUACCAGCUGGGGUCUUUUUACUAAAAUUCAGGCAGAUAAUUGACUAUGGUUUAUCUGAUAUUAAACCCCUGAUCAUAGCUUUUGCAUGAAUGAAGAUGCAAGAAUUUCAAAUUAA